AGCAAAGGAGACUGAGCGCCUGUCUCCACGUCUCUUUCUCCAUGGCAACGUUUCUCUGUGACAGUGGGUGUCUGGUGUGGUCACAGCGUCUAGAGGCUUACUAGAUGCGCCCUCAGGGGCAUAUUUAACUAGGACAGGCAUCUCAUUUCCAAGCUCAUCCUCAGCAAAUACAACGGUUGUUGUGGGAGCUCUACCUUGCAGACUAGUGACUCGAUUGGGCGGUACUGCUGAAAGCACAGCCACGAAGACAUUCACCCCUCCCUGGAGUGAAAUCUCAUUAGCCUUACCUCAAAACAGAUACAGACAAGAACCCAGACACAGGAGGAGUAUUUGCUGAUUUCACAAACCCACUCAAGCAUUUAAAUCACGAAGCAGGCAUAUUCUUCUCUCAGUCUGUUACCAAUUUCACUUCCUUUAUCUGUUUUUCUGCUUCUCUUGUCCUGAUUUUCAAGGAACAUGCAGAAUCUUGGAAACGAAACUCCACCUUCUCAGACCAUUUCACUUUUUGACUUUUCCUCUUCACUCACUAACUUUUAGCUCUGAAAAAACUGUGAGCUCAGUGUAUCUCCUCUUUAACAGCACGACCAGAACUCAGUGUAUGUGGCAUAAGUGAAAUGGCACACUGAACAGAACACAGGCACUUGACUGAGGGCCAGACCUCAGGGACUGGUGUGUCCUGACCAGCUAGUGGGCAACAAAAUUUCUUCGGUUUAGAACUGCAAAGCUGAGGUCAAAUGACAAAGGGCUAACUUUAAUCAUCUUAAUAACAAACUGAAAAAAUAAAAUCCCCAUUUUUUUAAAUUAAAGAAUCUGAAUGACUUUGAGGUAGAUACGCUGUUUGCAGAUAAUGAGAUAAUUGUGUGUAAGAUAUAAAACAUAACACAACGGAGGGGAAGAAAGCACUGCUUUGAAAUUAUCUUCCUUUAAAUUCAGAUGGAAAAUUAAGAACAUGUCCACAUGGGCUCACUUCUUUGAGGAUGAACUUGGCGGCCGAUGGAAGGAGUCCACGCCCUAAUGGAGCAGCAAACUACAAAAGCCGGAAUUUUGUGGGAGUGUCACUGUAUGGAAACACUGUUCCAGCUGGGGUGUCUCCAAAGGGCUCAGUGUAAUUCCAGGACCAGAACAUUGCCAGCCAGCCCGCCCUACACUUAAUGACUCCUAAAUGCUCUUGGGCUUCUAAAGAAGCGCCAUGGCCUGUACCGCUGUCAUGAUUCCUGGGUGGCUGCAGGGCUGUGCCAGGGCCAUCUGCACGCAGGCUGCUUCGUGGAGAUCGCCGCCCAGCGCUGUGCGCCACCUUACCCUCAGCAGCAUGAUGAAAUCCAGAAGGAAGACUGACCACUUGGAGAGAACUGCAGAUGUCGUUCGACGGGAGGUGGUGUCGGCCGCGAAGGUGUGUGACACUGCAGAUGAGUCCCCGUCGGUGAAGAGGCUCCGCCUUCUUGUGGCGGAUAAAGGCUUCUCCUUCAAAGCUGGCCAGUGGGUUGAUUUCUUCAUCCCAGGAGUAUCUGUGGUUGGUGGGUUCUCCAUAUGCUCCAGCCCUAGACUGCUAGAACAAGACAGAAUGAUAGACUUGGCAGUGAAGUAUACGAACCACCCUCCUGCUCUCUGGGUUCACAAUCAGUGUGCACUUGGCUCUGAAGUGGCCGUGAGAGUGGGUGGAGAGUUCUUCUUUGACCCUCAGCCUGCGGACGCCUCUAGGAACCUGGUGUUGAUCGCAGGGGGAGUCGGAAUCAACCCUCUGCUUUCCAUCCUGCGGCACUCAGCCGAUCUCCACAGAGAACGGGCCGACAAAGGAAGCGGGUAUGAGAUGGGGACGGUCACACUCUUCUACAGCGCGAAAAACACCAGCGAGCUCCUGUUUAAGAAAAAUAUCCUCGAUUUAGUCAAUGAAUUUCCCGAGAAGAUGGCGUGCAGUUUGCAUGUCACGAAACAGACUGCACAAAUCAGUGCAGAACUCAAGCCGUACAUCACGGAAGGAAGAAUCACGGAGAAGGAGUUAAGUGAUCAUAUUUCGAAGGAGACUUUGUUCUACAUUUGCGGCCCACCUCCGAUGACAGACUUCUUCUCCAAGGAGCUGGAAGACCGCCACGUGCCCCCGGAGCACAUUUGCUUUGAGAAAUGGUGGUAGGAGCUGGCCGAGGCGGGAAAGGGAGCGUCAGGGCCACUCAGGACAGUGACAGAUAGUACGUUCUGUGAUUCCUGGCAGGAUGAGUUGACCUCUCCCCAGUCUUAGGUUUUUAAGGCUGUGAACUAAGUGACCAGUUGGUGAAUAAAAGGAAAACCGGCUGACAGUCUUAAGUGAUAAACUUUUUGCAAAAGCCUCAUUGAUUAAACUCUUUCUUACCAUGUUGAGUUGCUUUUAUGAGUCACUGAUUAUCUCAGGCCGUACCUCAAAUUGGUCAAUACAGAUUUUCUUUCCCCUUAAGGAAAAGAAAGACAUAUCCAUAUAUUUCAUCCUAUGAAGAUAUGGUUUUGUGGGUGACAUAUAGGCUAUCUUUAAAUUAUUUGACAACAAUCUGUGUAUCUUACGUUGAAUAAACUUAAACCUAUUCUUAA